AUGCAACCACUCACGGCAGCGAUACUGCUCGUCCUGACCGGCUCCGCUUCUGGCGAGUCCAAUGUUACCGCCACCAGCUUUAGCUCGAUCUCGACAGUGAAGCCACUUUCCCUCGUCAGCAGCGGUUUGGGGACAAUCACACUGGUAGCGGCGAACUCUACAAUUAAUCCGGCACCUACUCUACCCACUGAUGGAGCUCAGAACUCCCUUCAAGCGAACUCAACAGUCUCAUUCACGACCUUGACGCUUGCGGGAGCCGUGACUGUGGCCUCGCUUUCCGAUGCGGCAGCUACGCCAACCUGUAGAUUCACCGCUCUGCCCGGAGCCUUCAGUCUUCUCACGUCACGCGGUGAAAACGUUGUAAUCAGCGACAGCGACAACACGCUCACAGCAACAGGCGACCCGACAGCCUACACGUUCUACAUCAACUCUACCUGCGCCGGAAGCAUCUGCGAUCUCAACCAGCUCGCAUACAGCGCAGCAUUUCCCGCAGACAUUGAGAGGCUCAAUAAACUGGCUUGGGUCCGUCCCGGUGGCGGUCCCAUCACCUUCUUCGGCGUCGACUUUGCGACAAACGGCUCCAUCGGCUGGGAGCGCGUCCUUCUUGACUUCAGUCAUUCGGCUUGUGCUGCAUUACCGCGGGCGUGGCUGGAUCAUGACAUGAGCGUCCUCGAGCAAUGCAGUGCCGAGAUAUUCAUGGCUUACCAAAGAAACGCUAACUGCACAAUAGUCGGCCUCAGCGUUGACAACGCUGUGAGUGGGUGA